AACAGAGCCAUCGAACGGAAAACGUCCACGCGCAGCGAAUUUCUUCUCCCCCGCAAACCAAACCAAAAAAACGACAAACGAAAAGAAAAUAGAAGGAAAAAAAUAAAAGAAAAUCAAAACAAAACGAAAGCAGCAACGACAACAGUCAGGGAGUUUAUUUCUUUUUGUUUUGUGUUUCCAAGAGAGAGAAAGAGAGAAAGUGAUCGAGAUGGCGUUUAUGAUGCCCGUGAUGAAGAACAAUUAUGAUAUUUACAAGGACACGCGUUCUCGCAAAACGUCGGAAUGUUCGAAUGCGAGUAGUAACGGUACAACGGCUUUGGCCACCGCUCUUGGAACGCCCGCUCUGGACAAACAACAGCAGCAACAACAUCAGCAAAGACGUCGGAAGGUGUCCGAAUGCAAAUCGGAAAGUUUUGCCACCUCCCCAUCCCACGGUCAACUGGGUGUGUCCUCCGCCCACCAUCGGAUGCAAAUGCAGAGAUGUCACAGUUCCCGCGCUUUUCCACGCAACGCUUCGCGCAGUUCGCACGGUUCGAUGCAACAAAUUGUGUCGCCCACGCGCAGCAGUCCGCCAAGUCGUUCCAACACCGCUUCCGCACUGGAAAGGCAGGCGGCCGCCCAAGCAGCCGCUCUAAAUCAGAAACAACAACCAUCUGGAGCAGUGGAAUCUUCUUCCAACGACUAUACAAAAUUCCAUUUGCGUUUGGUCGACAAGCUGCGCAAGUCCUUUCGCAAGGAUAGCGGCAAGCGAUCAUGAGAAUAUCACAACAACAGCAACAACAACAACUACGACAACAACAAUGCCAGCAGCAGCAGCGCAGCGCUCCUUUCCAUCAACAACAACAAUAGUGGAGGAGGCUGGGAAGCAAAAGAAGCAGGUGAUUCCAGCAAAGGAUCACCUGGCCAUGUCUUAGGAGAGAGCAGUGCAGCUCGUGCUUCCUGGAAGAAAGAAUCCACUACGUCCUUCAGCGAGAGCAGGAUAGUUGAUGUCUUAGAAGAAAGUGGAGCAGCCAAAGAGCGAGAGAGGGGCAUGGUCAGUCGUUUGGGGCAACGCUUCCGGCGUUACUGUAAACGCCUCGCCACUGCAGCGGCAGAGGACGUGGCAGAGACGACGGCAGAAGUCAGCUCCCAGGAACAGUUAACCGGGAGCAGAGGGAGCAGUCGCAGUCGGCGUCGGCGCAGCAGCAGCAUUGGGAGCGCCGGCAGCCGGCUGAAGAUGCGACUGCGACGCUGCACUUCGUCGCCAGGAUAAGAGGGAGAUGGCAAACUAGGUCGAGAAAAAGAGAGAGAAAGAGAGAGAGAGAGGAGACUGGAAGUGAGAAGAGACCUAGGCGAAGCCAAAAGGGAGGUUACACAAAGGGGUCAACUUAACCUAGUUAAGAUUGCCCCCCCGGAAACAGAAAAGUAAGUUGGCGUACAGAGUUGUUGGUGCAAAUUUGUUUGAGCAUAAUCUACAUAACAUACAUAUAAAUCAAUUUCGGUGUACAUAUGCAAACUAUUUAAAAAUAAAUAUAAACCUACAUAUAAAUGCAAAUUUAAAGUCCCAAAUGUAUAAUUACAUUAAUUAUAUGUAUUUAUGUAUGCCAGGCUUCCAAAUAGAACGUAGAACAUAGAACUUAUCCCAAACCAAACCACUUUUUUGUAACUGCGGUUUCGCGACAAGAGGAAAAUAGAAAUUGCAACUGCCAAUUGCAUUGUAUAACGAAAACCACAUCAGCAACAACCCAAAAAACAAGACAAGACACUUGAGAAAAUAACAAACAAAAUAAAGAAAAAAGAACCACGGAUUUUAACCUUUUCAUUUUGUAAUUGCAUAAUUACGAUGCGCAAUUGACAAUAUACUUUUUAAAGCAUUGCGAACAAAAAAACAAAAAACGAAUAUUAAAAAAAAGAGAAGCAGCUGAAAACAGACUUAAUAUUAUAUCGUAAAAAAUAUACACAUAUGUACUUGUACUAAAAUAUAUAUAUAUAUAUAUACAAAAAAUGUACCUAGACGACAGCUACUUUUAAGCAACAAUUAAUGUUAUUUGUUUUUUUCUUAGCUAGUAAUUUUGUAAUUACACAAACAUACACGGCAAACGAAAAAAGAAAAACUAUGAAAAAAAACAAAUAAAUAAAAAGUAACGAAAAGCUAUAUGGAAACAGAAAA